AUGAAGCAAGCCAUGCUAUUUUGGCGGAUCCUGUUCAUCUCGCCUUUGAUGGCCAUGAAGACGAACAAGUCCAACUCCUCCAGCGCCGUGGUGAAGAGCACUUUCGAGGAGCUCAAGGAUGCCGAAGCUACGCACGACAUCGGGCGACUGGUUGCCAACAUGGAGUUCCUCAUGCACAAGGUUGGCGAGCUUGAGAUGGAGCUCAAGAAGGUUUCAGGCUGCUGCGAGGAGAAGGAAAAGCAGGGGGCAAGAAGGCACCUGAAGGCUAGUUUGUUGGAUGGCCAUGGGGCAUCCUCACAACAGGUUUCUUUUUUUCCGAAGAAACGGACGGCGGACACAACCGACGUCAACACCGGCCACACAGAAAAAGGCGUUGAAAUUGACCCCAUCUCGUCUGCGUUUGGUGCUGCCACUGGUGGUGGUGGUGGUGGUGGUGGUGUUGGUGAUCUCAAGGGCAUCUAUGACUGGGUAAGAUGGGCAAUCAAGAAUUUGGACAAGGACUUCCUCAAUUCCCUCAUGGAGCUCGCUCGGGCUCUCGUAAGCUGCCCCAUGGGCGGCUACCCCAACAAGCAUUCGCCAAUCGGCAUGCUGACAUGCCUGGGCAACAGCAUCAUCGAGAAUGUGCCCCCCUUCAGCCAGCUGAAUAAGCUUGGCGACAUUCUCAACAACUUUCUGGGAGGUUUCGCCAAGGUGGCGGGCACAGUGGCGGGGAAGAUCCUGAAGGGUGGCUCUUCCUUGAUCCAAGAGGCCGCACUCUCGAAGUUCCCGGCUGUGGGGGCUUCGCCGGUUGUGCAUCAUUCAGGUCACAGCCUCGUGAUCAAAACCCACAGCCGAAAGAACCAGAUGAAGGCUAAGAUGUCAACUCUUCAGAUGAGGGGGGAUGACGAUCCUCCCAACGACGGUAUCAGCUUCAAUCUCCACGACGAAGGGAGCAACUACCAAUCCAAGCUGGUGACACAGUUCCAGGGCUACGAGAAGGACACGAGUUCCUGUCUGGCCUUCGCCCCGAAGAACAAGCACGGCGCCAACGGUCAGGCGACGGAAGCGGACUGGCAGGUACAGAACGAGGAUACAUUCGUGGCGCUGGAACCCUGGGCCGUUCCGUGCGGAAACGAUUGGAUGAAGAGGAACUGGAACAAGUGGCAAGGCUAUUCGUUCUACACGGGCGAGUCGGCCAUCGAAAGGUGCAUGACGGUGACGUACGGCAUCAAUGUCCAGCCUGUGGUGGCCUUUGUGGGAGGUGUGCAGUUCGACGUGAUGCCCGAGCCACUGGCAUCGGUGGACACGACGGUGUGUUGGCCCGUCGGCAGGCCUGACGGUCAGGACCUGAGCUUGCUGCGUACCGAGAUCAAGUCCAGUGGCGUCUUGCUCUUUGGCCGGUCCCUCCGCCUGAGCAAGCGAUUUGGCAGUCCCACGGAUUUUGCCGGGGAGCACACGCACGCCAGCAUGGGAACCUGGCAGGGCUCCACCAACCCCCAGCAAGAAAUCUCCAGGACGAAGCUCCUCCAAACGAGCCAAAACGAGACGCGCCAAGCCGCAUCCGGCGAAGAAGCAGCGCAGGAAGAUCAGGGCGUGCUGGAAUGGACGGAGGAGGAGGACUUCUACCUGGCCUCCGCAAACUAUUCCGACUUGGGCAUCAACUUGACCUCAGAACUUCGAGGCGCAGCAGCCGCUCGGCACCUGAGCCUUGCUUCCACCAGCACACAGGGAGGCUUCCAGCUGUUCAACUUCGGGUUCGACGCAAGCGGGAUGGUGAACUUCCGGCUCAGAGCCCUCCUGGCCGGGACCAGCCUGGAGAUGCGUGCCGAGUUUGGCUUCACCGACCUCUUGAAGUCCGGGGAGCAGACGUUGAAGCUGGUGGACAUUGCCGAGCAAUUUGCUGUGGUGCUGCACGCCCUCCCCUUUGUGGCCCCACUAAGCAGAGACAGGGCCCUCAAUGCCCUCAAGGACUUCGCCACCAAAGACGUGCCAGCACCCCCGCCGCCCAUCCUCCUGAGGCCUGGCUCGACCGUCUACAUCUACAACCGCUACUGGAAGCAGUACUUGAACAUUGGUCCCCACACUCUCAUGGCGGCUGCUGGCGGAAAGGACGAUCGCGCACGCUGGACUGUGGUGGACGCAGGAGAUGGGGAGAUCGGACUGCACAAUGAGCAAACGGGGCGCUUCCUGAUGAUGUCCGAUACGCAGAUUUGGGGUCAUCCUGCUGCCCCAAGCCACUUCCAUCGAAGUUGGCACGGCUCGAGGUUCACGGUGGUCCCUUCACUGAGGGGAUGGUUUGGAUUGUACAACAAGCACGUCCAGCGGUUCGUGACGGCGGCGGACCACGCCACCUCCGUCAGUCCCAAAAUUCAGGCCAAGGACUUCCCAGAUUGGUGGACCCAUCAGCAGUUCGAAUUUACAGUGGGCAAGCCUUACCUGGAGCCGGGCACGAACGUAGCCCUCUACUCCAAUGUCCACCGAACCUGGCUGCGCAUGCACAACAACUUCAUGGACACUGUGCAUUACGCACACCUUACCCCCGCGACCUUUCAUGCCCACGCUGCCUCGCACACAUGGGAGACGUUCCACGUGGUGGAUGCCGGGAGUGGCGAGAUUGCCCUCUUCAGCCAUAAGUGGGCGCGGUUCGUGGGGGUUUGGCUUGACGGCAAGAGCUACGCGAGCCCGCACGCCCAUCAGCUCCCAGCCGAGUGGACUUCGCAAAGGUUCGCCGUGGUGCCCCUCGGGAAUGGCCUCAUUGGCUUGCACAACCCUCAAAACAACCGGUUCCUGCGCGCAGCACCGCAUGGAGGCUGCGACGCCAGUGAAGAAAAGUCGCCAGCUGACUUUCCUGCUGAUUGGACGUGGGAGCGAUGGCAAGUGGUCGAGCUGCCCGGCAGCAGCAACACGCCUUCCAGCCCGACUCUCCCGGGUGGCUGGACCUUCGGCGCUGCGCGCUGA